AUGGCGCCCAACCUUUUUCUCUGCAUGCGCAAGGCCUUCUGCCCCACGUACUGGUUUCAGCGGGGAGAACGCAUCCAAGGAUCCAUCCACAAAGAAGAGCACUGGGAUAGUCCGGUCCCGGGCAUCUACAAGUACAUUCCCGGUCGGGGAUGGCAUCUGGUCUACAAGGAUGGCAAUGAGAGCGAUGAAAAGAUGCCUAUCCCCCUGGUCUACUGCCGGAUCCUCCACCGGUACGUCUUUGAACACGAAAUGGAGGACCGAUGCCGCUGGCACACGGUGGCCGUCGAGGAGGGGGGCAAGCCCGAGCGGCUCCUCUUCUUUCGGCUGGAUGACAACUACACCUGGGUUGCCGGAUGGGACGACAAGGGCAAAUUCAUCCCCGGACCUUACCAGAAGUGGCAUUACGACGUGGAGAGCCGAACCAUGCGCCGCGAGCUGUUCCCCGAGAGCUCGAACGUCUCCCGCGCGAGUGUUGUGCCCAACAAAAUGACUUGA